AAUUAUUAUUAUCUAUGCCUUUUUGAUCCAAAGAUGAGGACGAAGAUUAAGACAACUCCAAUGAAGUUUAGAAACUACAUUAACCAGUAGGCUUUGCAACGGAUUGUCUUUCCUUGUUGCCUGGCAACGCCUCCAAACUACAACGGACUUGGAGAGUCGGAAAAUGUAACGUUAGCAGAUAUUAAAUAUGAGUGAAAGUUCAUGUAAAAACGUUUAGGUGAGUGCUAACUUGAUGCGCAAUUACUGAAAAUGUAGUUCCUGAAGUUUUAUUUUUGCUUUGUUGUUAACUUACGUUCCCCUGUCACUUUGGUCAAGUUGGAAAAUAGCUUUGAAUAAUAAAUUACAAUUUUAUAACGUUAGAUAAAAAACAGAGCAGGAGGCAGGAGAUGAUUUAACGGCGGAAAUGUCUGAAGAAACCACAGCUCCUGUUGGAGCUGAUAGCCAACACGCAGCGAUGCAGCAGGAGGCCGAGGGAGGGUCAAAAAAGCAGCUCUCUGCAGACAUGUACUACAAAUAUGAGGAGCUUCACUCCAGACCGUCCAUCACACCGGACUCUGAAAUCCCAGAGAACCUCCUGCACCUCUCUCACUCCUUUGGUUACGACAGUGGGCGCAGGGGGAACCUGCAGCUGCUGGAUGAGAGAACUCUGAUCUUUAUAGCAGGAAACCUGCUCGUCCUGCUGGAUGUUUCUACCAAGGAGCAGAGAUACCUCCGCUCCUGCAGCGGAGGAGGAAUCGGCUCCAUCACGACACACCCUAGCAAGGAGUACUUUGUUGUAGCAGAGAAUGGAAACCAGCCCAACAUCAUAGUCUAUGAAUACCCCUCCUUACGACCGUACCGCAUCCUCAGAGGCGGUACAGAGCGGGCGUACAGCUUUAUGGACUUUAACUGUGACGGGAGCCUGCUGGCCAGCGUGGGAAGUGCACCCGAUUUCAUGCUGACGCUGUGGGAUUGGAGGCAGGAGGAGGUGAUGCUGAGCUGCAAGGCCAUUUCUCAGGAUGUCUACCGAGUCAGCUUCUCCCCAUACAACCCAGGACUGCUCACAUCAUCAGGAUCUGGACACAUCAAGUUUUGGAAAAUGGCCGGCACAUUCACAGGUCUUAAAUUGCAAGGUCUUAUGGGACAUUUUGGGAAAACUGCAGCGACUGAUAUUGAGGGCUACGUGGAACUUCCUGAUGGAAAGGUGGUGUCCGGCUCAGACUGGGGCAACAUGCUGCUCUGGGACGGAAAUGCCAUCAAGGUGGAGAUUUGCCGUAAAGAGGGUCGGAACUGCCACGCCGGGAUGGUCCAGCCGUUUGCCCUAGAAGAUGGACAGCUUAUGACGAUGGGCACUGAUGGAGUGGUUCGGGGCUGGGACUUUGAGAGCAUCGACACUGCCGACAGUAGCAGCGACGGCGGCAAGUUUGAGAUGGAGCCCAUGAAUGAGAUGGUGGUUGGAUACAACGUCUGCCUCUCCUCUAUGGUGAGGAGCUCCGUGCCUGACUCCUUCGUCUGGUUUGCCCAGGAUUCCAGCGGAGCUAUCUGGAAACUGGAUCUUUCAUUCACUUACACGACCCCUGAUCCAGAGUGCCUGUUUUCCUUCCACGCCGGGCUGAUCCAGGGCAUGGAUGUGUCAAGGAAAUCCCACCUGAUGGCCACGACUGCUCUGGACCGUUCAGUUAAAGUUUUUGACUUCCUCGCAAAAAGAGAACUGACCACCAGCCGCUUCAAUCAGGGUGGAACUGCUCUCAGCUGGGCUCCACCUCUGGUGAACCAGAGUGGAGGUUUACUGGUGACCGGCUUUGAGGACGGGGUGGUCCGGUUGCUGGAGCUGUACGACCCUCAGAGGCUGCAUGUAGUGACCGGGCACAGCUUCAAAGGAGAUGCCUCGCUGCGCCUCAAACAGGCCUUUAAACCCCAUAAUGCCCCUGUAACUGCUGUUGCGUAUGAGCGAAAUGGAGAUAUCUUAGCCACAGGGAGCUCAGACUGCACUGUGUUCUUCUUCACUGUCGGGGAAAAAUACAACCCCAUCGGCUUUGUCGGCGUUCCGGGGCCCGUGCAGGCACUGGAGUGGUCGCCUCAUUCCCACAGUGAAAACAAGCUGUUGGUCCUGUGUCAGAGCGGUCACGUGGUUGAGGUGCAGAAUCCUGAUCCAGAGGCCCAAAAACUGGACAAAACCUUCCAGCUGCCUGAACUGCCCAGCAGAUCUUUCAGGUUCAGGAGCAUCAAAUCUCGAAUCAAGAGGGAGGCGGAAAUUGCAAGACGACAAGCUGUAAAGGAGAAGAAGAAGAAAGAGAGAGAAGAGAGGUUGAAAGAAUCAAAGCAGCUGGAGGAAGAGGAAGAAGAAGAGGAAGAAAAGGAAGAGUUGCCCCCUCUCUACAUCCCUGACCCUCCAAGUCCUCUCUACUGUGGCUUCUACUCAGAGCCUGGCCAGUUCUGGCUCUCCAUGGGAGGCUAUGACUCAGGUUUCUUGUAUCACUGUAAGUUUUCUGAGAAGCAGGACCAGGAUCCGGACCAGCUGCAGGACGAGCCCUUUGACUUCCUUCCUGUCCACAAUGCAGACGAUGACCCUAUUCGCUCCAUCACCUUCAGCUCCAACAGGCAGCUGCUGCUCUGCGGCAUGCACUCAGGCUCCAUCAGGGUUUACCCUCUGCAGCCUGGUGACCAAAGCCUCACCUCCAUGCAGGCCUACUGGGCUCUCAGCGUCCACGACAACCAAUAUGGACACCUGCGGCACAUCCGCUGUGGCCAUGAUGACCACUUUGUGCUGACAGCGGGAGACGACGGGAACAUCUUCUCCUUCACCCUGCUUCCUCCAGAGGAGCUAGAGAAAGGCCUGCGGAGAAAGAGGGCCAAGGUUCCUUCACCCAGGGUGGGUCUUGAGAAUGAGGCAUUAGCCCAAGACAUUGAGGACCCAGCAGCUUACAGCAUAGAGACGGCUAAGCAGAAGCUAGAGAAGGACCGCCAGCGUCGGGAGGCCGAGCUGAAGAUUGUGGCAAAGCAGAAGAGGAUUGUUGAACUCCAGAAGGAAUUUAAACAGCUGCUGAACACCAAUCAGAGUCUGCCCGAGAAUGUUCGCCUGAAACCUGUGGAGCUGCAGCUGGAUCGGCGUUUCAGAGAGCAGGCAGAGAGGGUGAAGGCCCAGCGGGUGAGGGAGGUCAGAAAGCACAUGAGCUGGGAGGAGGAGCACUGCAGCGUAGCUCUCAGGAAGCUACAGGACUGGUUCAAGGACUCUCUGGAGGCAACUGUGGUUACUGUGGUCGCCAUCUGCACCGACCACAGAGUCUCCACCUACCGUCUGCCAGCGCUCACCGAGCCUUCAGCCCGGGUCGGACAUCAGAGCAAACCCGGCUUGCCCGACGGAGCCACUGCACCAGAACGCAGAAAAUCCAAGGCAGAGCCUGCAAAAGAGAGCAGCAAGCUAGAAGAGGAGGAGGUGCUGCCCCCCCCAGUGGCUCGUCCAGAAGGGAUAAAGCUGGCAGAUCGGCAGGUUGAGAGGCUCCGAAAGGCUGCAGAGAAAGCUGAACAAGCUCGAGCAAAGAUAGAGAAGAGAAAGCAGGAAUGGGCACAACUUUACGCAGAGAAGCCGGACGAGAACUGCGAGGAUCCACAGGAUGUGCAGGCCAUAUGCGAGGCCGAACAGAACAUCGGAGACUUGAAGCUGAAGUCAGCAAAAGACUUCACAGUACCCAAACACCUGAGGAUCAAUGCUGAGAGGAAGAGAGCAGAGCUGAUAGGCCUGGAGGAAAAUAUCCGCGAAAAACAGACUGAGAUGAAUCGACGGAUUGUGGCGUUGCGGGACUCCAAGGUUCGUCUGGUGUCUCAGUUGCGCACUCAGGCUCAGCUGGUCCAGAAAGUCCAGCAGCGUCUGGCGGCCCAUCUCCACCGCCCUCAACCCGCCCUGCCCACCAUACUACCAGAGGAAACCCCAGAGAAGAGGCUGCAGUACAGCCACGCUACCCUGGAGCGAUACCGGGUUCUGAGGGAACAGAGGUUCCAGACCUUGGAGCAGGAGGAGCAGGAGGGAGCCGCAAGUUUAUUGGAGCAGCUGGAGAAAGAGAUGGAUGAAGAGGAAGGCAAAGAGGAAGAAGAAGAGGAGGAGAGAGGAAAGGAAGGGAUUCCCAGUCUAUCAGCUUCACCUGUAACCGGAGAAGAAGAGGAGACAGCAGUGGAGGAAGGAGCGGAGCUGAGCGAGCUGGAGGAGGAGCUCCAGAAGGAGGAGGAGAUGAGACUGCUGCAUGAGCAGGACUCUCUGCUGGAGCAGAUGGAGAGUUCAGUGUGUCAGUUCGACGCGGAGCUCCGGCUGCUUCAUCACCAGAAGCUGCGUCUGGACUGGCAGCUGAAGCUGGCCGACCUCCGCCAGCUGACGCUCUACCAGGAGCUGCUGCUCCUCAAGGACUUCGAGAGGAGGGAGGACGACCUGCAGGAGAAGCUCAACGAAUGCAUAAAGGAGGAGGACAGCAUCACGGUGGGAGAGAGUUCACAUACUGUACCUAUGGACUGAAUCUUUGCAUUGGAU